AACUGUGGCAUGCACAACAGGGGAAUUAUUUGUUGUUAAAUUUAAACCAUGACCCCCACUGUGGUCAUUGUGAGACCUAGACUGACCCACCCCCCUUCUGCCACCUUCACUGAAAACAUCAUUCCCAGAAGCUCCAACAAGCCAACCACCUCUCCCUCUGGGAAAACCAGUGGCUUCUAUGAAUGUUCUAUCCAUAUCAGUAUCACAAUCAAUUUUUGUCAUAUCUCAGUCACUGUUACUUACAAGUAAUAAAGAAAACGAGUAUGUAUUAUAUACUUAAACUGUGAAAAUGACACACUGAAACAACACUCCAGUUAGAAAAUAUAGAAAAUAUAUACAAGCAGUUCAAAAAGCAGUGUAUCAGUGUAAGUGUGCUCAAAAGUCCAAAAAGUGUUAAGUGAUUGACAGUCACUCGGCUUUGAUCAUGUAUUGUGUAUGCGUUUACAGUCUUUGUCCAUGACAUUGAAGAUCCGAACGGGGUUCAAACACGGCUGAGGAGCAGCAACCACGGCCGAUCUGCAUCAAGCUGAUCAGGGCGAUCCAAAGAGUCACGGCACCAGUGUAACGUUUAUAGCUUUAUAUCCCCGAAUAGAUGACACACAAGAAUCUGAGAAACAAUAAAGUGUAUUUUAUGGACAAAGAAAUACACUGCAGACAUAAACCAUAAACCGCAGCAGUAUCAGCCAUUUUCUGCUGAACUACACACACAACCCGCAGCAAUUCCAUGCAUCAAAACAACAAAGAAUAUACAUGAAAAUCACAUACCUGAGAAACAAUAAAGUGUAUUUUAUGGACAAAGAAAUACACUGCAGACAUAAACCAUAAACUGAAACAAGAAAAACAUAAAAUGAACAAACUCUGUAUGCACUUUUAUCACAUUUGUUUAACAGUAAUCAGCACAGAAAAGAAACACGCAUACCCGCAGCAGUAUCAGCCAUUUUCUGCUGAACUACGGAGGCACAUAAUAUUUUUGACAUGUUUCGCACCAGAUACACUCUGCAUCGCCAGGCCUACCAGCACAAGACUGUCAAUAUUAUUGAAAUCAUGAUUAGAGAUGCCCUAGUAAAAGCUGAUGGCCAUUUCCAGAUCUCUGAAGCAAGAAAAGAUAUGGAAGAAUACACCAAACUCACAGAUCAUAUUCUUGAGAAAAUAUUGUGCCCUGAGUAUGAUCACAAAAAGAUACUUAAAAAAGCCCAAAGAGAUCUUAAAGAUGAAAAAACAAAGCCAGAUGAAGCCAAAAUAAUACUUGAAACCACUGCAGAGAAACUCAGAAAGGAUGCAGAAAAACUUCAAAAAGCUGCAGAGAAACUCCAAAAAGGUGCAAACAAACUUGAAAAAGACAAAAACCUAGAGACAGCACGAGAAAACCUUCAGGCCGCCCAAGAAAUCCUUCAGGAAGAAGAUCUUCAGGAUGCUAGAGAAAUAGUGAUGAAAAUUCUCAAAAGGGACCUGCCAAAGUUUCUGGGAGAGGCCAAACUGGAGAAAAGAGACAAAUCAAAGGUAAAGCGUGACUGGACAGCAGCAGUGAAGAGAUGGAAUAAGGAAAAGAAACAAGAUCUGAAAGUUGAUGAUUUUGUGGUUGAUGUGGUUCUCAUGGAUUGUGGCAUGAAGGAUAAAAACCCCAUGGACAAUGUCUAUUUCUACCGCAAGAGGGACUUGGACAAAGUCUUCCUGAUUACUGAUCAGAUGUUCCUGCCAAAAGAUUUUUAUGAAGAACUGUUUAGAGUGUACUAUAAAGGCCCAGAAGAAAAGCUCAAGGAAGCUCAGCAGUGUUUUGACGAGUGGAGCAGAGAAUAUUUUAAACCGAUGCCUAAGUGUUUGAUUCUGUUCUACGAUAAAGAUGAGUUUGGAGGCAACGAGUGCUUUAUCACAGGGGACUGUCCUUCUUUGGACCGCUGUGGUAUAGAUGUGGUCCGCUCUUGUAAGGUUAUCAAAGGCAUCUGGAAGCUCUAUGACGGUCAAGAAUACAAGGAGCCCCAUUACCUGCUGAAGGAGGGGGAUUAUCCCAAUCCUGCAGCAUGGGGUGCCACAAACCCUGCUAAGUCUCUUAAAAGUGUGACAUUUCAGAUCCAGCUCUAUGAACAGGUGGAUCUGGUAAAUCCAAAACACGAGACCACUGUUGACUGUCCUUCUGUGGAGGAACAGUUUGGUAUAAAUGGGGUUCGCUCCUGUAAGGUGGUCAGUGGUGUAUGGGAGCUCUAUGAGGGGCGUGACUACACUGAGCCCCAUUACCUACUGAAUGAGGGGGAGUAUCCCAAUCCUGCAGCAUGGGGCGCCACAAACCCUGCUCAGUCUCUUAAUCGUGUGACAUCAUUUAAGAUUCAGCUCUUUGAACGGGAGAAUUUUGAAGACCCAAUGCAUGAGAUCACUGUUGACUGUUCUUCUGUGGAGGACCAGUUUGGCAUAAAAGCGGUUCGCUCCUGUAAGGUGGUCAGUGGUAUCUGGCGGCUCUUUGAGGAUCCUGACUACACUAAACCCCAUUACCUACUGAAGGAGGGGGAGUAUCCCAAUCCUGCAGCAUGGGGCGCCACAAACCCUGCUCAGUCUCUUAAACGUGUGACAGAGUAA